AUGGAUUUUUCCCUUAAAUCGGGUUUCACUUAUCUGUCUCCGAAAUGGUGGAAAACUGAGGGGUUAGUGGACCUAGUGUCAAUACCGUCCGCAAACUUACUUUCUCCGACGUCUUCUCUGCUAAUACGGUUUCUGGGGAUUCUAGUAGGGUAUUACGACUGGUUGAAGACAUUUUCCGAUAAAGAAGUAGUUGUUUGUGGUGGAGUUAUACCAAACAACAUGGAUGAGUGGAACAUUCUGACUUGGUGGAAGCUAAAUGGAUCCAACUAUUCUAAUUUGCAAAAUCUAGCCAAGGAUGUCUUGGCAAUUCAAGUCAGUACUCUGAUCAGCAUUAGCAAGAGGGUUAUUGAUCCUCAUAGUUGA